AUGGUGUACAAUACAUCACUUGAAGCGUUCCAGAGUAUUGUCUUGCUGGCCCGUCAGAUGGCUGGCUUUUGCGGAGUCGACCUGCUGGCGGAUAACUAUAAGCCAAACUUGAGAACCGCUCUGACCUUCAUUGGUUGCACCAGCUAUAUUUUCACCAGCAUGUACAGCGCUUGGUACUAUUUCCCGGACGUGUACAAAAUGCUCCAAGCUUUGGCGCCCGUAGGAAUGGCCUUCCAGGGUUGCAUCAAACUUUGCGUUGCACUCGUCCAUCGGAAAUUUUUUCAAGGUAGCGCAAAAUUCCUGGAAGACUUCCACCAGCGGCAUGCCACCCGACCAGAGGAUAAUGCCGUUCUGCUGGGGUUGAUGAAGAAGUUGCAUUUGGCUUCUCGGAUGCUGUUGUGUGCGUACGUGCUGGCAAUUCUUGGAUUCGGCCUGUAUCCAGUGUAUGUCUACGUCAUGUACGGGGAGAGAACAUUUGCGAUCAAUGUUCUGCUACCGGGAAUAGACCCGGACACACAUUGGGGAUAUGUCUUAACAGUAGCGUAUCAGAUGUUUCUCCUGGCUAUCGCUAUGGCAGGGAUUUCGGCCUUUGAUACCACAUUUAUGAUUUUUGUGUCGAAUUUGGCGGGAUUAGUUGAUGUCUACACGAACAAGCUGAAAGAAUUGGACAGGUUAUUGGAAAAACGUAAAACUAAACCGGCUGAAGUGAGGACUCUCGUUCGGGAGAUUCUCAUAGCUCAUUACGGCAUCGUUAGGCGAGAUUACAACGACGAAGUUAUCUUGGCGAUAAACGGAACAAUGUGGUAUAUGCUGGACAAAUCUCAACUCAAAAUGAUACAAUUUAUGCUGCACAGAUGCCAAAAUCCAUCCAAUCUCACCGUUGGAGGAUUUGCGCCGUUGAACAUAGAAACAUUUGUGGAGAUUAUGAAGACCAUUUAUCAAUUUUUCGCCAUGAUGAUUAAUUUCGUCGAGUAG